AUCCAGUCUUCAGAGGCCCCUGCUCCUCUGCCUGCUGCUCUGCUGUCGGGCAGCACAGCUUGUUCUUCCCCCAUCAACAGUGAGGAUCACUUACAGAACAACUACUUUAACUGGGAAAACGCACCUCAUCCAAACAAUCCCAUAAGACAAUGCUGCUAGGGACAUUUUUUCUGUUGUCAAACGGUUUACAGAAGCAAGAGCUCUCUUCUGUGUGAGUCCAAACCUGAAGGUGCUGCAUAGUAAGGAAACACUGUAAGCACCACUCAAAAACAACCCAGCCUCAUGGAGAGAAACCAGGAAGAAACCCCGAAGGCCAGACUCCUCUACCAGGAAGUCUGCUUGGCAGCUCAGCGACUCGAUUUCUUCCUUCAAAAAGGAAAUGCCCACAAAGAAGUGUUCAAGCCACACAUCCUGGCUCUCAGAGAGAUGGUUCAGCAAGCCUGCAUUAGACUCAUGUUCCUACAUCCGGUGGUUUAUGGUAGGAAGGCUGAAGAGCUCUUAUGGAGGAAAAUAUACUCUGAUGUUGUCAUGCUGCUCAUGAAGACCAAUAAGAAACAAAUGGACACUUUCCAACACUGGGGAGGGCCCCUACAGGCUCACCUGAAGGCUGGCCUCAGGUUCUAUGAGCAUCUCUUCCUGUUCCUCCAGGGUCACUAUGAGCUGAGGUUACAGAGCUACAUAGACUGGCCUCACAGCGCUAUCCACUUGAUUGGCUGUAAGAAAGUGGGACCCACAUCAGCAGAAGAGGCUUCCUGGGCCCGCAUGGCCUGUCAUCGCUGCCUGCUCUACCUGGGGGACUUGUUUCGCUAUCAGCACGAAUUCCUAGACCUGGCCACCAAGAACUUGGCAGAGAGAUGCUAUUACAGAGCCUUGUCAGUGGCCCCACAUAUGGGAAUGCCCUUCAACCAACUGGGCGCUCUCGUGGGGAGUAAGUAUUAUGACCUCGAAGCUACCUACUUCUAUCAGCGCUGUCUCCACUCUGAAGUGCCUUUUAAAGGAGCAGCUUGGAACCUCAAACGACUCUAUGAUCAUGCCGGAAAGAGGUACAGUUGUCUGAAGAGGUACCAGGGAAGGAAACUGUCUCAUAGCCAGAGGCAGUGUUGGGACAACAGAAGGCUUCUGGUUAGCUUCCUCUACCUGCAGAGUCUCUUACAGCCUAAGAGGAAAUUCAAAGCCGCAAGGCUGAUAGCCCUGUGCCAACUGGUUCUCGAAGACUUUCGUCUCUGUCUUUCCUAUCGGCCUUGUCAAUCCGGCCUAUGCCAGGCUUCCCCAGAAGAGAAACCUCCUAAAGGGUAUCUGUUUCUCCCGGACUUCCUCAUCUUCCACAUGGUGGCUCUUUGCCUCAUGAAUGUGCACAGCCUGAGGAAAUCAGGCUCAAAACAGCAAAAACCAGCUGUUAUCUUCACCUUGACUCUUUUCUCUCAUCUGGUACAACAUGUGAACACGCGGAUCCAGGCUGAGCUGCAGAGGAGGAAGCUGAAUCCAGAAGAGGCUUCUUCCGGCGAUGGAUGCUGGGAGAAAGAGCCUGGGAAGCAACAUCAAGAUUUUCCAUCUCCUGGGCUCCAGAACAGGCACUCUCAGAAAAGCCACGGGUGGUCUGGCAUUUCUAGGGAGAGCGAGGCCGGUUUUCAUUCUGAUUACGACUCAGAUGAGACAGAGGAAGAGGAAAUCUCAUCCUUAAGUUCCCAGGUCCAAUCAGACACAAGCAGUGAAGCAUCCCACUCAGACACCACAGAUGAAGAAGGGAGUGGCCCCUUGGGUUCAGAUGCAGUUCAGAAAAGCGGAGGUACAUCCAAACCUAAAGCUGCUCAUUCUAGAAACAAACUGAAGUCGUACAUACCUCCCGACAGUCUCCUCGAUCUCUUGAAAACAACUCUAUCCUCUAGCCUGCCAGCUCCUUUGAGCCAAAAACUCCAAGGAAAACAUGGCUUGCCCUUGGCUUCCGUCUUUAGUCAUAACGUUCUGACACCUCAGUCUGAGCCAAGGCCUGCUGUCAGCAGUUCUUUGUGCACUGAGGGUGAGAUGAGCAGCUUUCCUGAUGCAGAGUUCUACAUGGAUUCCUCUCGGGAGCAGAAGCCCUCCAUUUCCCAGGACAACAACCUCCAGACCACUCAAUGGAAACUGGACAUUCUUUCUGCAGAGGGACUGUUGCCUACCAUCAAGGUGAUCCUGAGCUGGCUCCACAGCAAUCACAGCAUCCUCUUGUCACACUGGAGGAGUGUAUUUAGCUUGUGGGACCACCUCUGUGUGUUGCUGAACCUGUUGCCCUCAGUGGGAGACCUUCAGCAUCCAGGCCUUGGCCUGUCUCACCAUCUCCAGGAGUUGCUACAGAGCUGUCGAUGGCCACACGCUCCCAAGUACCUUCAGCUCCCUGAGGACAUUGCCAUGUUCCAGCAGCCUCCUCCUCAAGCGUCUCAGGACAGGGAACGCUUAGGGCAGGAUCCACCUCCACUCACCAACCAGGAGGAAGUUAUCGUCCGUAUCUGUUUCUUCAGAAAUUUUGGUCACUUUGCAACUAGACUUCCUGGACAGUUCUUGAGCUUUGAUUCUAAGUUGGGUGUCUUUGUGAGCAGUACCCUUGAAAGGUCAGAAGAUCCACCUCAGCAACUUCCAAGAACAGCUGCACGAAUCAGGUUUUCCAAAGACAUAGUCCAGCUUUGGCUUCAGAGGGAAGUGGCACUGCUAGAGAAGACCCUCCGAGGUCCCCAGACUCGGUCAGUGUUGACCCCUUACCUCUUCCCUGACCCCAGGGCCCUCUGUGAGCAUCUUUCAGUGAUACAGAAACUAGCCACUAGUGCUAAGUUUUUCCUUAUCAUACCCAAGGUUGUGGUUGACACACUGUACAUCCUAAAAUGGGAGGAUCGCAGAGCCUUGGCCGCCAUUGCUUUCCUAGAAGAUGAGUUAAAGAGAAGGAACCAGUACAUUCUCUGCCAGUCCUUUGUGUCCAAGAGGUUGGUGAGGCCCAGGAUGACCAGACAAGACUCUGAUGCCUGGGACCUCUACAAUAUUCUUGAGUUCUGCAAAAGUCUGCUGGACUCUUCCAGGCCAGGGAUAUUGGAUCCCAGCAGCAUGGUGACUAUCAUUACUGGUGUCUGUUUGGAUCAUCCUAGGAAUUUCUCAUACCCACUGCAGUUGGUACUGGGGAUGGCAACGGAAGCUGGUGUGGAAAUCAAGAACAUCCUGAACUUCCACAGAGAAUGGAAAGUGAUCAGUUGACAUGUUCACAUCUUCCUGCCCCUGGUCCUUCAGUGCUUAUCGCUCAAAUUCAGUGUGUUUCUUUGUCAUACGCACCUAAUGCUGAGGUAGGCAGUGUGUACUUGAGUAUUUGUGUCUACCUGUAGGUAGAAUGUAAUGUGUCAGCUUUCAGAGGCCUUCCUGUGUCCUUCGUGGCUGUCUUAGCUCUGUAUUAUGCUUCCUCUGAUAUAAAGCUCAAGAUUAACUCAUUGUUAAGUGAUCUUAUGGCAAAGCAGCAAAUUCAGACAUCACUUCAGUGUCCAAAUACAGCUUCGUGGAUGGUCUGUGAUUUACUUAGCUCUGUUUUGUGACACACAUCUUUUAUGUAUAUUGUUUUGUUAUGGUGGGGCCAGGUCUGCUAUUGAAGGCAUGUCUCUGCCAUCUAUGAAACUCAAUAAAUAUAAAGUUAAAAAUUU